AUUGAUAAAGGCUCUCCGUAAAUUUUUUAUGUUCUUUUGUAAGAAUUGUUUGAUCAACUCGCAGGCACGUGCAAGCGACACGUUAAAUUUACCUCGGAGGUAGAUGGCCGCGCUCUUCUUGGUCACGUGAUUAAAAACCUUACUCUACCACUGGAUGUACGUAAUCCCUGCAGAAGUCAAUGUAUUAUGGAGAGUCGCUGCAUGUCAAUCAACAUUGGUCCAGUGAUAAACGACAAAGUGAUUUGCGAGCUGAGUAAUUCGGAUCACUCUUUACACCCUGACGAUCUGAAAGCCCGACCAGGCUUUACCUACACCGGCACUGAGAACGCGUGUUCUAGUAAUCCUUGCGUUAAUAAUGGAACAUGCUUGAGUGGAUUUACAGACAAGAACUAUCACUGCGUGUGUCCGGCAUACCUAACUGGUGAAAACUGCGACAAAGGUAAACACAGGCAGUAGUUAGCAAAGGGUAAACAUGAAACGGGUAGGUGAGCUGUGGGAGGCAAGAAACUCUCCCACUGUCCCCUCUUCUUCUCCCCACUCUCCCCUCCCUCUCUCUGUCCAGUUUUUACGACCGCUUCUCAGGCUAGCAGUAGUUUACAGGCUCGAAAAAAGACAUACUGUUCCCUUUUUAACUGCCACUAAAAUCUUAGAUUUUUGUGACAUCUGUAUUUUUUUAGUGUCAAAAAGCCAUAUUACACUUGCGUAGCACGACUAAAGGCCGGUAGACACGAGGGGCUUUGUUCCCGGGUUUUGCUCCAGGGACACGCUCCGGCCAAGCGCCGAGCUCCUCCGUGUGUAACAGUGCUUUAAUGGACGUAAUUCAUUCAUUCGGGAGCAAAAUUUCCACCCUGCAAAAUGCUCCACAGCUUUGAACCGUUUAGAUAUUUAGGGGCAAGAUCCGCUGAGGAAAUUGAACAAAUACAGAGUAAACUCCACCACUACGCUCUCUAGUGUGUACAAGUCGUGCAAACUGAUCCUGAAGCAUGCUCCUAGAACAAAACCCGUCUUGUGUAUCGGCCUUAAAACUGCUGGUUAUGUUGAUAUGAAAGUUUCUUUAGAUCAAUAACACCAUGAACAUCAUCACCCAGACACUACUCUACUGAAAUAAUGGCUAAAAUUCUUAUGGUAUUAGUUG